UUUCGCAGGUCGUUGAUUGUGGUGGAUUCUGAUGUUGAUGCCAUUGAAUGUCAAGCUGAAGUCCAGUGUGAAAUAGAACGAAUCUUUGAACUAGCAAGAACACUGCAGUUAGUAGUCCUUGACGCAGAUACAAUCAACCAUCCAGCUCAGUUGGGCAAAACCUCUUUGGCUCCUGUGAUUGUCUAUGUGAAAAUUUCAUCUCCAAAGGUUUUGCAGAGAUUAAUAAAAUCCAGAGGAAAAUCCCAGGCUAAACACCUGAAUGUGCAGAUGGUUGCUGCAGACAAACUGGCUCAGUGCCCACCUGAAUUGUUUGAUGUAAUUCUUGAUGAAAAUCAGCUGGAAGAUGCCUGUGAGCACCUCUCUGACUACUUAGAAGCUUACUGGAGAGCUACCCACCCUCCUAGCAGCAAUCCUUCCAAUCCCCUCCUCAGCCGUACAAUGGCAUCUGCAGCUCUUCCUACAAGUCCAGCACCAGUCUCCAAUCUACAGGUUGAACAAAAGCAGGGAGAGCAGAAGCAGCUACCUUCAGGACCGGAAAGAACUGCUUCGCAGGAGGAAGAGAAACCACCAGAGCCAGUGAAAAAGUCCCAACAUCGAACUUCUUCCUCUGCAAAGCAUCACAAUCACCGCAGCACUGCGAGUCGGGGCCUAGACAGACAAGAGACAUUUGACUCAGAUACCAAAGGCAGCAGGGAUUCUGUGUAUAUAGAACCAAAGGAUGAUUAUAUGGAUAGCGCUGGUGAUCAUUACAGUUCACACCACAAUCAUACAGAAGAACCCCAAGGGGAUGGCACGCACAGGCAUAAAGAGUCAUGGCAUCGUUCUAAGGAUCGAGACAGAGAACAGGAUCAUAACGAACGGAACAAACAGCAUAGUCGGCAUAAAUCAAAGGAUCGAUAUAGUGAUAAAGAUGGGGAUGUUGCAUCUAAAAAAAGGAAUGAUGCCAACGAAUGGAACCAGGAUGUGUACAUCCACCAAUAACUGCCUCCAGCUGCUGUGUCCCUCUAGUGUGUGUGUGUGUGUGUGUGUGUGCGCGCGCGUGCGGACGUGUGUGUGUGCGUGUAUGUGUAAAAGAGAAAGUAUAUAUUUACCUGAUCAGUCUAUAAAGUUUAUUGUACACUUGAGAUUUCGUACAAGUUGUUGCUAAGGCAGCAUGGAAUUAAAUUCAAUAUGAUUCAUUUUAAAACAUGGUAGAAUUACAGAACUGCUAGUGUGGUACUGUGCUCUUAGUGUUUUUGGUUUGGUUUUGAUUGCUGCCAGCUGAACAAUAACUGUCACUAGCAAACCAUUGUUAAUGUACUUAAGCAAUGUCUGUGUGGGGGAACAAUCAAUUUUCCUGGGUAUUCAGGAAAGUUUGGAUCAGCUUAUACUGUAGUUUACCUUUUUUUUUCCUCAGAAGUUUAAUUUCUACAUUCUCAACAUUUAUUUUCGAAUGAAAUCUUCACAAGUUUAAAAUCACUGGCUUAUAUCUGUGGUUGGGGUGGGAUUGAGGAAUUUAGUCUUGCCUUACACUUCAGAGUUAAUUAAGAGAAAGUAUUUUCUAAGUACAGAUACUAUGUACUCUAUAUAGACUAUUGUUCUAUUUGUACUCGACACUUAGAAAUCAUUUUAAAAAUAAUAUAGUUAUAGCCACUAUACCUGCUUCAAAAUCUGAAAGAUGAUGAAUUUUCCUUUAUCAUGCUAACUAUGAUUGGCUUCUUUUGGAAAAUUGGUAGUUAGGAGUUUUCAUUUCACCCCUCCCUAGCUUUUGAAAUUCAGAACUUAGAUGCAUACGUCAUCGAUCAUUGGGGUGGGAAAUUAAAUAAAUAAUAUAUAAUAUAGAGACAUAUAUUGUUUAGAAUUUUUUGUAAAAUGCUAGUCUUAACUGACAAAGCGGUUUACUUGAUAAGUCUAAGUUAUAUACCAAAUACUGAAUAUUAUGUACGUUACAUUUUUCUGUUUAGGAAUUGCCUGAGGGUUCUGUGUUAUUGUUCCUUUGUUAUAAACUAUUGAACUUCUCCAAAUGGCUUUGUCUUAUUGCUUAAUAAGCAUAAGAUGAGCUGUUCUGGUUACUGUAUAUGCACAUUUGUGGAAUUUAUUUUCAAAAUCCAGUUUGUAAGCAUUUGUAUAUACAUAUAUAUAUAUAUAAAAUUCAUAAUUGCCUUUGUAGAUAUUGACAGUAGAUGAUCUUGUUGCACUGUUUAAUUGAGUUAUUUAUUUAACCGUACAAAUGGUGGCUGUACAUGUUAACUGAACAUGUGGAAAUGCCAUUUCAUCAACAGGAUCAAUGUUCUUAUUGCUUCUGUUAUGUAAUGAAGAAACACUUAUACAAAUACAUGUACACACACGUACACAUAUCCAUGCCUACAUACUUCCAGUCAGUUUGCCUGAAAUAGGAUACUGAUUUUCCUUAAGUAAAAACCGAAAGACUGCAGAUGCUGUAAAUCAGAAACAAAAACAGAAGUUGCUGGAAAAACUCAGCAGGUCUGGCAGCAUCUGUGGAGAGAUGUCAGAGCUAAUGUUUCGGGUCAAGUGACCCUUCCUCAGAAUUGGGCAAGUUCUGAGGAAGGGUCACUUGACCCGAAACAUUAACUCUGAUUUCUUUCCACAGAUGCUGCCAGACCUGCUCAGCUUUUCCAGCAAUUACUGAUUUUUCUUCCUGUUUCAACCAUCACACAUGGUUAUUAUAAAUGUUCUGACAUAUAAGCUGUUUAUUCUCUAAUUCAUCUACCAAAUUAUUCAUUUUCUUCAAAGUAAUAAAGUGGAUUUUGGAUCUAUUGCUGAAUUUUUUUUACAGCACUUUUCCCUAUCCUUCCAAUUUCCUACUUUUGUUGUGGGAGGCCUGAUAUGGAUGCAGUUCCUGACUGAAUGUGCUUUGGGCUUAUGUGUAAAAAUAAAUAUUUGUAGGACAAGCAGCUAAACUUGAACUCUAGUGUUUAGCGGAUUUGGAUUUUGCAAUUUUAAAACCUUCUGUGGCAAACAUAUAGUAAAGAUUAAAUUAUACUAAUGGGCACUUUAUGGGAGACUGUUUGUAAUCAGAGCCUUUCGUCUCAGUGGGUGAAUAAUUCGUUAUUAUUACCAGCCCACCUUAGAACACUCCAGCUCUUCAAAACUGCAGUUUAGGUGGGUAUAUAUGCGAUAUCACAGGGGCAUCUUAGAACAUAUCCCAGCAUGAGUCAGUGCCUUCAAGAGGAAAGCUGAAACUGAGAAUAGUUUGAAUCAGAAUCACUUCAGUCUUAUUAAUUACAGGUGUACUAUUUUUGAGAUACUCAGUGGACAAAAUAAAAAGGCAACGACACCUAAGCACUUGAGACCAUAGCGCACUGAGUUAUAGAGAUAUUAUUUUAAGGACUCCAAGCUGAACUCACUUUGGAAACUAUUUAGAGUUCAUAUUUCUUUUGAAUAUAAAGAAAAUGCAUUGGUGUUCCCAAGCAGCCACUCACUCAGCAACACAACUCUGGUAACUGGAGAUAUCUGGAGCAGACAAUGCUGAAAAUACUUGGUCAGUCUGGCAGUACCAGUGAAUAGGAAGCUGAGUUAACAUUUCAGGUCACUGCUGUUGGGUUCAAAGGAAAAAGCACCAACUUGACAUGUUAUCACCAUUUCUCUCUCCAAGUCGCUGCCAGGUGGGCUGAGUAUUUCUAGCAGCUUUUUUGUCUCUAUUUCAAAAAAAAACUGGAUGUGGAGAUUUGUGCUGUUGAAUUUUUCUGUCCCUUGUCAUGAAGUAAACAUUCUGACCUCUAUUGUCCAAUCUGUCCUCUCACCAAUGAGGUACAGUCACCAAACAACAUGUAUCCCAUAACCAUUGAAACAGUAUGAGCUCUUCAAUUUUUACAAUGAUAAACCUGUUCUGAGGUAAUAAAAUAAAGUUACAUCAUUCUACAAUAGAGGGAACAAAGUGAAUCUAGGUUUCAAAAUGGAGUAAAAGAAACAUCGUUGGUUUAAACUAUAUUAUGUGAUGAAUAAUGUGUAAAGAGAGGCACGGUAAUUUGUCAGUGUUUUAUCCUGGAUAUAGGUGACAUUUUAAAGAGCAUCAAAUAGAAUUACAGGGUAACAUUAUCAGCCAGUCAACGUUUCUAAUGGUGAAAUCCUCAAAUGGUGCUUGAACCUUUUCACAACAAUAUUAUGUUGGCCUUUGAAGAACUGAAUCAUAAGUUUGAAAAACAAACUUGUUAAAUGUAUACAUUAUAAGAAAUGCAAAUUAAAGAUGAACAAUUUAUGGUCCUACAA